AAACAUUAGUGAACAUUAGUAAAUAUUAGUGAACAUUAGAACAUUAGUGAACAUUAGGAAACAUCAGUGAACAUUAGUGAAAAUUAGGAAACAUUAGUGAACAUCAGUGAAUAUUAGUGAACAUUAGUAAACAUUAGAACAUUAGUAAAUAUUAGUGAACAUUAGUAAAUAUUAGAAUAUUAGUAAACAUUAGUGAACAUUAGGAAACAUUAGUGAACAUCAGUGAACAUUAGGAAACAUUAGUGAACAUUAGUGAACAUCAGUGAACAUUCGGAAACAUUAGUGAACAUCAGUGAAUAUUAGUGAACAUCAGUGAACAUUAGGAAACAUUAGUGAACAUCAGUGAACAUUCGGAAACAUUAGUGAACAUUAGUGAACAUCAGUGAACAUUAGGAAACAUUAGUGAACAUCAGUGAAUAUUAGUGAACAUUAGGAAACAUUAGUGAAUAUUAGUGAACAUCAGUGAACAUUAGUGAACAUCAGCUACGUGUUUUACGGUUCUAACUGUAUUUCAGACCUUGAGGAUGUCUGAGUCCAGCAGCCUGACUGACGUCACCGUGAAGACUCUGGACUCUCAGAGCAGAAGAUACACAGUCAGAGGAGAGCUGACAGUGAAGCAGUUUAAGGAACACAUCGCAGCCUCGGUGGAGAUCCCGGUGGACAAGCAGAGGCUCAUCUACCAGGGCAGAGUGCUGCAGGAUGACAGGACGCUGAAUGAAUACAAUGUAGAUGGAAAGGUGAUCCACCUGGUGGAGCGUGCCCCGCCUCAGGCCACCAUGCCUGGAUGUGGGGGUGCGGGUGUUUCAGCGGGGGGGGCAGAGGGCGGAGGCAGCAGCAGCAGUCACGCCUCCACCUCCUCCCAGGGUGCACCGCAUGACCGCAACAGCAACAGCUACGUGAUGCUGGGGACCUUCAACCUGCCCGUCAACAUCAUGAACCCUCAGCAGAUGCAGAGCAACGGCUCGGUGGAUGUGCAGAUCAACUUGGACCAGUCAGUGCAGAGUGAGCCCAGGAUGAGGCUGCAGCUGGCCGAGAACCUGCUAAGAGACGCUCGCUUCCUCAUCCACAGGCUGGAGGGAGUGUCCGGUGACAGCAGCUCCCAUUCACAGCCAGAGGUACUUCAGUCCUCUUCCUCCCAACCGCCGCCGCCGUCUUCCUCCUCUGUCAGAGCGGCAGCAGCAUCACAACUCAUGGACACCAGCUCUCCUCCUGCUGCUCCGUCAUCCUCCACCUCCACCCAGACGGAGGGACCAGCCAACACCGGGCCCAAUCACCCGAGUCCAGCGGAGUUCGUGGAGGUUCUCUCUGAGGUCAGGAGGGUGGAGGAGAGCUUACGUCCCUUCAUAGAGAGGACCCACUCCAUUCUUGUAGCGGCCACUUCAGCAGACUACAACAACAACACCCAGGAGAGGGAGGAGGAUCAGCGCAUUCUCAACCUGGUCGGAGAUGCUCUGCGUCUCCUCGGCAACAGCUUAGUCGUCCUCGGUGACCUACGCUGUAACCUGGCGACCUCUCCUCCACGUCACCUGUACAUGGUCCGUCCGAUGGCCCACUACAGCCACCCGGUCCUGCUCCAGGCCGGUCUGCCACACAUGUCCCUCCCAAUCAACUUGGGGACGACGGUGACCAUGACGUCUGGUGGGAGACAGGCGGCUGAAGGACAACGACAGCCCUCUCACGGCGCCGGCCAAUCGGAUCAGCAGGCUGCAGGCCAGACUCUGCCUCUCCCGUCCAACGGGACCAGUCAUCAACAGGGACAGGGAGGGCCCCGAGUGAUCCGGAUCACCCACCAGACCAUGGAGCCGGUAGUCAUGAUGCAGAUGAACAUUGAUGGCGAGUCCGCCGCCGGCUCUCAGGUUCCAGGACAGCCGAAUACUGCCGGCACCGGUCAGCCUGGACUGCCCCCCCGAGUUCAUGCAGGCCAUCGUCCACCAGAUCUCCCACCAAAGCCGCCGCCAUGGCCACGGCAGCCUCGGCCGGGCCACCCGGCACAGAUGGUGUCUGUCCCUGGCUCAACAGCCGGCACGGUAGGGAACCGCUUCUCCACAGCCCCCCCACGCUGCUCAGGGACGGGUUGUCAUCACCAGACCGUCCUUCUCCCCCCGCAUCCCUCAGCCUGUGGGAACAAGAGGAACCACCAUCAACCUGAGGGCCAGUGUACCCACAGCUGGUCAGCAGCAGGCCCGGGCUCCUCUCUGGCUCCCUCGUCCCUCAGCCAGAUGAUCAGCGGUCUGGUCGGACAGCUGCUGAUGCCGGGGCAGUCGGCUCCUCUAGGUGAUCCCAUGUCCUCGUCCUCUUGGACCAGCUCUCAGUCCUCCUCCACGUCUCCUCCUCCUCCCUCUGCCAACACCUCCGGACAGACGUCCACCCACACCACCAACACGGCCUCCGUAGGCCAGCCGGCAGACGGCGGUCCGGAGGCCAAUCUGGACCAGCUGCUGGGCUCUCUGCUGGGAGGAGCAGCCGGGUCUGGACCGGCUCCCUCCAUCACCGUGACGCUGCCGGGGGUGCCCGGCUUCUUCCAGGGCGUGUCAGACUUCUUCCAGCCACCUGCCGCUGGCCCCGGUGGCCCCGGUGGCCCCGGUGCCCCGACCCCCCCUCAGUCCACUGGCUCUGCCCCGCCUCCUCCUCCUCCUCCUCCAGCCGGCGGCGGCGGCGCGGGCGGAGACUCCCUGAGCCCGGAGCUGUUCACCGGCAUCGUGCAGGGAGUUCUGUCCACCAUGAUGAGCUCUCUGGGGGCGCAGCAGGGCAGCGGAGAGAGCAUCGCCCAGUUCAUCCAGAGACUGUCCCAGACCAGCAACCUGUUCACCCCCGGCUCUGGAGACGCUGUUGGGUUCUUCGGUGACCUGCUGUCCCUGGUGUGUCAGAGCUUCUCCAUGGUGGACAUGGUGCUGCUGCUUCACGGUAACGCCCAGCCUCUGAGCCGCAUCCAGCCACAACUCACUGACUUCUUCUCUGAACACUACCUCCAGGGCCGAGAGCCCACCGACGCCAACAUCGCUACAGCAGCCGAGGACCUCAUCAACGGACUGGAGGAGUACAUCGCCGAGAGCUUCGCCACAGUGACGGCGCGAGAGGGAGUGGACAUUGUUCAGACCAACCUGUCCUUCCUCAGACAGCAGUUCACACAGAUGGCCUCACACAUCCUGCACCCCAACGAUCAUGCGUUCGGCCCCCGCCUGCUGCUGCUGUGCACUCGGGGCCUGUUCGAGUGUCUGGCUCUGAACCUGCACUGCCUCGGAGGAGAACAGAGAUCGCUGACUGCAGUCAUCAACCACCGCAUUAGGAGGAUGUCUGCAGAAGUCAAUCCCAGUCUGGUCAACUGGCUGACCAGUAUGAUGUCCAUGAGGCUGCACGUCAUUCUGGAGCACAACCCGAUUACCGAGGACCAAAUCCAGCACUACAUCAUCUACACACAGGGCCGGUGGAACCAGAGGAGGACCGAGGCCGAGGAACCGGCUUCAGAGAGUCCCGGCGUCAACAUGGACGAGAGUUUGUCUCCGGCUCCGGCCACCACAGCAGAGGAGGCCAUGGCUUCGUCGGGUGACGGUGGAGAGAGGGGAGCGUCUCCUGGAGGAAACGCCUCCUUAUCGGGGGACGCUCGGCCUCGGCGUCCCGCCGGGGCCCCGCCAGGACGGGAGGGGGCGUUCCCUGAGGUGGAGCCGUGGGCGGCGUCCGUUCCACCUGAAUGGGUUCCCAUCAUCAGACAUGACAUGCUGUCUCAGAGGAAGAUCAAAGCCCAGCCGCCGCUGUCCGACGCCUACCUGCACGGUAUGCCCGCCAAGAGGAGGAAGACGAGCCAGUGUGAAGGACCACACCUGUCCCUGUCGGACGCAGUGAGUGGAGCUGCUCGUGCUGCGGGAGCGCUGCCCGUCAGCGGCCCGGACAGCCUGCAGGGGGAGCUGGAGAGGCCCGAGCUGCAGGAGGCCUACACCAGACAGGUAAAGAGUGACAUCAAAGAGCGAGUGAGAGACGAUCCGGACUACAACGCCCAGCGAUUCCCCGACACACAGCAAGCGUUCUCUAUAGAAGACUCCUAAUCAUCCACAGCUCAGCGCCGCAGAGAGAGGAGCGGGACCAGGACCAGGACCAGGACCAGGACAGGAUCCGGACACUCUAGACGAGCGGUAACAUCCCAUCGUAAAGGACGACAGCUACUACUGACUCCAGUGAAUCAUUCCUCCUCUCCUGCUUCAGAGUGUGACGUCGCCGGCUGUAGUCGGUGCACGUUGUGAGAAACUGUGAGUCACCUCAUGCUAAAGCAUCCCCCCCCCCCCUUUUGCUCUGGGAGACCUCUGAGAAACUAAUGAUGGAAGCAGUUAGUGAACACUGAAUAACAAGAGCACAUCUGGCAACAUCUGGUCAGUGUAGAAGAGGACUGGAACGUCUGACUGGAUUCAUCUCAGAGCUGAUCCUGUCCUGUAGGUCUGCAGCAGUCUGAGCAUCAUAGCAUGACGUACCACCAGAGCAUUAAGGAAAAUACUAAAUAAUGCUGCAAAGACAAAACUCUGAAUAUAAUGGGAAUGAAAUAAUAAUGUUACAAAGAAAAAAAAAGGUUAAUAUUAUCAAAAUAAAGUUGUUAAAUGUGUGAAGAAAGAAUUAGGAAAUGAGCUUUCAAUUUUACUAGGAAAAAGUCACAAUGUAUAGUACAAUAAAAGAUUAAAAAAAAAUAAUAAUAAUAAAAAUAAA